GUAAUCUUUGUCAAGCACGCGUUCCUUUGUGAAGCGUCUCUUCUAGCACCUGCUCACGAGUUUCGCGCGACUGGGCGCGUUUAUACCCUCUUUCUAUUGCGUGCGAGCUGGGGCGAUUGAAAGCUGAUCCGUCGAAGCAUAUCCUUAUCGCGGUCCCGAAUCUGGUGACUGCCUCAUGUUCACAAGGUCGUUGUGUGCACCACUUGACCCAUCCUGCUCAACGCGAUCAUGUCCUAUCCGUACUAUCAAUAUGGACAGCAACAACAGCCUAUGUAUCAAACAUACAUGAACAGGCAGUCUGCACCCAGCGGCUACAUGCCGCUCUAUGGCCCUUCCACGACAGCAUACCCAACGUUAACGCCUGCGAAUCCAUAUGCUGCCAUUCAGCCUCAAGUCCCGUUCAUCCCUCCAAACGCAGUGCCCGAGACGCAAUUCUCAGGAGCGUCCUCCCACCCUGCACCACAUCUGGCAACUCCCUUGCGGAGUCAGCGGGCAGCGCAUACGCCGCUGCCUUUGAAAUCCGCGUUGAAGAAAUCUGGGGGAUCGGCACCACCAACCGAACCCACCCCAGCCCUUGGUCAAACCCCUCUCCCUCCUUCUGGCACGCGGCGGCGCAAGGCUCGCAAGUCAGAUGCUGACAACCGCGGCGAUGAGCCGAUGAUGCGUGAGGUAACCGCCAGGACUGAUGCAUAUCACAUGUUUGUGACGUUCAAAGGCGAGGGCGAGCUGCUCUUGGAGAACACGCUUGAGAACGCCGUGAAAGAAAUCUCCGAAGUCUUCAAAAUCUGGCCGCACGGUCUAGAACAUGAAUCGAUGCGAGGGUCGACGUGGAGGAUCAAGUUCAGGAAUUCGCCUUGGAAUAUGAACGGGGCCGAUGUCCACUAUGCGUGGAGACUGAUCAACAGAAUGUUUUCGCUUUUUGCCAUCCGAGGCUUCGUCUUCAAAACUUUAAGCAAAGGAUCUGCUUCACAUCCGCGCCUGAUCUUUCAGAUCACUUCCACAGAGAGCUCUCCUUCUUUCUUCAUCGCAUUUUUAUCACGCAAGGGGCGGCGAAUAUCGUUGGUCGCACCUCCAGAGCUUGUAGCGCUCGAAUUUGGUCCGAGACUGGAGCGGCUCUUGCCCGGCCAAAUACAACUUUCUGAGGACCCGAGGCUCGAUCUGAUGGUCGUUGACACUGUCCGCGAUAAAAAUGGCGUUAUCAUCAAGCCAUCAGAUUUCCUGAUGCAGGUCCUGAAAGUCCUCGUCGACCUGCGGUAUUCAUUAAACGCGACUAUACCGCUGGUCAAGGGCAACACUUGGAAAGUGGGCUCCAGACGAGAGCUCUUUGUGUUCAAGUGGUAUGAUUCCACGUAG